UAUCUAACAUCUGACAUGAUCACAUGAUCACGUCCGAAAUUGAUCGACAUCGGGGAAGUUAAGAAGUAUCUUUCGAAUUUAAUCAUUUUUGCACGCAACCAUGCUUCCACAAUUAUCGAUACUCUUCGUUGUCUUUGCCGCAGUCCAUGCCGAUGGCGAAUUCAUUGUUCUGCAUUCACCAGACAGUAUACGAUUCACUGGAAAUAGAGAGAUUGAACAAAGUUGUCUUAAGGAGUUCUUGUCGGCAAUUCUUGGUUAUACUGGAAAGCAGAAGGAUUCAGAACAUAGCCUUGUCAUACGGGAUCCAUUUUCAAUGCCCAAGGCAUUGGUUGCUAUAGUGAUUGAUGGAGUAGGGCUACUGCCUUUCUUAAAAGACAAAGCUUUAGUCACCUAUUCUCUGAUUGUUGACGAAGUAGAAGAAACGACUUGGCAAGCAAUUAGAAGCAGAGUAGAAGAGCGAAGCAACGACAACACAUUGGUUAGGAUUAACUUGAGCGAUGGAGUUGAUGCUCUUGGCCAGUCAGCUCUCGGUGAGCUUAAACCUACUAAUAUCGAGAAGUUGAACAAUCUGAAUUCAGAGGUUGAGGAAGAUCGUAAAUUUAUUGAGGAGAUACAGCUUCUUCGUGCUAUUGGUGACAAUGCAUUUUCUGCGAAAAAGCAUGAUUCUGAUACAGAUGUUUAUUGGCUGAUAAUAUCAACGUUCAAAUCACUCUUGGAUAAGCAUGGAAACGAUUCUGCAGCUGCUGAGGAGGGAUCUAAGUUGUUAAAUGACGGAAUAGAACAUGUUUCCGAGGGCUUUUUAAACCUUUAUAACGGCAAGAUUGUCAUUGCAAUUUUCACGAACGAUGCUUGGAAGGUGAGAAAUGCUCGAUCCGUUCUCGAGAGAAAGCGCAGAGACACCCCUCCGCGAGCCGACGAGCAAGAUGAGCAAAAUAAUAAAAUGGACGAAGAGGAGUAUAAAAUGAGUAGUACUAUCGAAUCCAACACAGCACUCGACAGCGCUACUGAACGUACGGGCGUUCAGGAUAAUAGUGGAACGUCGGACAAGUCCGACGAAGUUAAUACGGAGUAUAAGAUAAAUACUAAUACACAGACAAUAGGACAGCCUGAAUUUUCUGGCCGUGCGAAGACUUACACUGAAAACUAUCCCGUCAUAUUCAACAUAAUGCUGUGGUUCGGUGUUGUUUUCGUCUUCUCGCUCUUAGCCAUUUGUAUCGCCAUCGCCAAUAUGGAUCCAGGACGAGACUCUAUCAUUUAUAGGAUGACGUCGAAUCGAAUGAAGAAAGAUAAUUAAGUGUAAAUACAUAAUUAUAUAUAUAUAUAAAAUAUAUAUAAGUAACAUAAUUUUGUGAUAUAUGUUUCUGUGCAAAAUGUAGAUUGUCGAAGCAUCUAUAUAUGUAAUUUAUCAAUUUUAAUUCGAGUGUGUUCAAGAGUAGGAAAAUAGAUUUCUAUUACUUAUCCUAAGGAUUCUUUAAAUUGGAUAAUCCAAGCUCUCAUCAGAGCUAUUUAAAUAGCAAGGCUAUACAUAACUGUAUAAGAAAUGAUUGUUGUAUUAUAAAAUUUCUGGAAGUUUGUAUAUUCUCUUGAAAGUUAAAGAUUGUCCUAAAUAUAACAUAAUCA